UGUCAUUUAAUAAAAAUAAAAAAAAUUUGCGUCGCAUCGGUUUUUAUCAUUCGGUUGUAUUAAAAGUUUCCAUCGAAGAGGCAGCAAAAUUGUAACACUUGAUAAACGGAUUAACAGUCUUAAUGGCGGCAUUACGUAGUGAUGUUCAAAAGUCGUUCCCAUUGAAAAGUACAAAAGAUGUUUUGGAAUUGGUUCGCAAACAGAUGGAAUCCGAUGUUCCCGAUUUGGCGCUUAUUUCCAUCACUACAGGUAUGAUCGAAAACACACUUACCAGCAAAUGUGUGGAGUCCACAUCCACAUCACUAGCUGGCGAAGUGAUUGACAUCCAAUUUGACGUCAUCAGUGAAUUGUACAGCAAAUUCAAAACAAUUCUGUCGGUGGUGGAAAAGAAUAAGGAGCCGCACAAAACGAAUUAUGCCACGCGAGAGCUCAUCAAACGAGUGUCUGAUGUGAUCUGGAAUUCGUUGAUUCGAAGUACGUACAAGGACCGAGCUCAUCUGCAAAGCCUCUACAGUUAUCUCGCUGGAAGUAAAUUGGAUUGUUUCGGUGUCGCACUAGCAGUUGUUGCUGGUUGUCAAUGUUUAGGAUACAUUGAUGUUCAUUUGGCACUGUCCGAAGAUCAUGCGUGGGUGGUUUUCGGAAAGACUGGACUGGACACAGUUGAAGUGACAUGGCAUGGAAAAGGUACGGAGGACAAACGUGGCCAGCCGGUUACUGCUGGAUACGAAUCACAUUCGUGGCUAUAUCUGUCGGGGAAUCCAGUAAUUUGUGAUAGAAACAUGGAAGUGGCUGCAAUUGUAUCGUCUAUCAAUCCAUCGUUGAAUAUGACCAGUGCUUGCUUAGAGGUGGCAGAUCUUCAACAACAGUUACUCUGGCUGCUGUAUGACAUGAAACAUCUACAGAAGUAUCCAAUGGGACUAGGUGCUUUAGGCGAACUGGAAGAGGUAUCACCGACACCGGAUCGCCCCAGCUGCAAAGAACUGUACGAACAAUCAGUGAAAGCGUCGAGGACCUACUACAAGAAUCAUCAUGUUUAUCCAUACACUUACCAGGGUGGCUAUUACUAUCGUCAGAACAUGUACAAGGAUGCGUUCAGCGCUUGGGCCGACGCUGGUGACGUGAUUCGACUCUACAACUAUUCACGCGACGACGAAGAAAUUUAUAAAGAAUUCUUGGACAUCGCCAACGAGCUAAUUCCGCUAAUUAUGAAAACCGAAAGCUCCGGACAUUCAGCGAAAAGUGUUUUGCGCGAUCCGCAAUGCUUUGCUAAUCUUUUGAGGUUUUACGAUGGUGUAUGCCAAUGGGAAGAGGGCAGUCACACGAAUAUCCUUCACAUUGGCUGGGCGAAGCCCUUAGUCACAACGAUUGGUCGAUUCGAUGCGGAUAUAAGAUCUCAAGUGAUAAUAAAUUGUGGCAGGGACGACGAGGAUGUAUCGAAGCAAACCGAAGGCGAAAGUAACAACAACAUAGCUACUGAUACGAUUGAUAAGCCCGAAGAAAAGUCCACAAAUGAGUCAGUCAUAUCAACGUUAGAGGCACUAACUGCAGCCUGCGGUGAAAAAAUUUUGAAUCCUGACUUUCUACUACAAGGCGGUGGACAACCGUUCGCCGAACAGCAGCAAAUCGAUGUGAAACCAUCAACUGGCGAUGAGAAAAGUAUUAGCGUGAAGGAAGAAGUCGACGCAAAGGCUGGCGAAACGUCCGAUCAGAAACGGCUUAAAGAGAAGGACAUUGCGACACCACAAUUAUCCACUGAAAUAUCGGCACCCGUGUAUGAGCCACCGGAAGAUGUAAUACUACCGAAACGGCCGACAAUUACCCUGUACAGCCGUAAAAUGAAAGGAAUCAAAGAUCUGCUAUUGGCCGAAAAACUUAACACACAGGCGAUUUCAUUGCAAGUGACCGCACAGUCACAAACGCAGGUAGGUGGCAAAAAGGGUCGAUCGAGUUCGGUGUCUGGCUCGUUAAAUUCAGCCAAACGUAGCCGUCGUCAGUAAAUCAAAUAUUUCAUUUGCGACAAAAGUUAACGUUGGGGAAAUUGUGCUUAGCACACUAAACAGGGCAUUUCAAGAAAAAAAAUCAUUUUUUUUACAUGUGCACUCGUUUCAUCCAUAUAAUGGAUCCUUCAGGCACAAUAAGCAAUACAAAUUAGAAAU